AUGCGAACCAAGCGACACGUCCCUCUUUUCACGCUCGCUUCCACAUUGAUGCUCGCAAGCGUGUCCGCACAAAGUGAUCCUUUGCGGCCAAUCAUUGACAGUGCGGCGGGUCAGGUGCAGGGUACGACGGAGUCUUGUGGUCAGUUCUGCACGUACUACUCCUUCAAAGGGAUUCCGUACGCGGAGCCUCCGUUGGGAGCGUUACGAUUUCGCAAUCCGGUUACUCUCGCGAGAUGGCAAGGUGUGCGAGACGGCAGCAAUCAUGGGCAGGAGUGUCUCCAGGCGGCUACCGUACCGGGGCAGGUUCGUGGUAGCGAGGAUUGCCUGUUUCUGAACAUCUACACCCAGCAGCUGAUCGGAUUGCGGCCGGUGAUGGUGUGGAUCCACGGCGGAGGAUACAACGCCAAUUCGGGCAAUAGCGUGGACUUUGGCCCCGAGAAACUCGUACAAGAGAACGUACUGCUAGUGACAAUCAACUACCGGUUGGGAGUGCUUGGGUUUUUUAGUACCGGCGAUCGUUAUGCUGCGGGCAAUUGGGGCCUAAAGGAUUGCCUUCAUGCGCUCAGGUGGAUCCGGGCGAAUAUUGCCGCCUUCGGAGGCGACCCGGAUAAUGUGACGAUUUUUGGCAAUUCCGCUGGCGCGUCGCUUGUUCAUUUGCUGGUGCUAAGCCAACCCGCCCAGGGUUUGUUCCACAAAGCGAUCCUACAGAGCAGCACCGCGCUCGUUCCGUAUGCCUUCCAAACGAGACCACGGUUCUACGCGGAUCGGAUCGCAACCGCACUCGGAUUCGGUAGCGACAGCAGCACGUACAUCGAGCAGCUACGGAACAUCCCGGCGUCGCAGUUCAUUCCCUUUCAAGAGACAGCUUUCACCAUCCCGGUACCGAGAUACCUGCGUCCGAUGGAUUUUGGACCGGUCGUGGAACCGUUGGAUGCCCCCGAAGAGGUCCUUAUUCGUCAGCGCCCGAUCGAACUUAUCCGCAACAGUGCUUCCCAUAGCGUCCCGCUCAUGGUCGGGUACACCGAUCUCGAGGGAGCGUUCUUUACCGUGGUAGAAAACGCAAUCGACCCGACGGUGAAAUCGCAGUUCGAUGCAAACCCGCACCUGUUCGUGCCGUUUUUUUGGAAUAUCGGGGAGGGCAGUCCGGCAUCGGGGCAAGUGAGCGGUGCGUUCCGCCAGUACUACUGGCAAAGCCGCCCAUUGGACGCGAGCUUGGACUACGAGUGGACGGUGUACCAAACCGAUCAUUUGUUAUUAUUCGCCAUCGACCAAACCGUCCGGUUACACGCGCAGGUAUCGUCUAUGCCGGUGUACUACUACCAGCUGACGUAUGACGGAGAUUUGAACCUGUACAAAAAGCUGCUGGGUGUGACACAUCCGGGUGCGAUCCAUACGGACGAUCUGCCGUAUCUGUUCCACAUUCCAGCGGCGAUGCUUGAGCCGGUUCCGGCCGGAAGCCACGCAAACACCGUCAGCAACCGGAUCGUGCGGAUGUGGGCCAACUUCGCGAGAGACGGCAAUCCCACUCCCACGCCGGACACGCUGCUGCAAAACGUGCAAUGGCCGACGGUGGGAACAUCGGGCACAGGCUACCUAUCGAUCGGACACGACCUAGUUGCAUCGCAAGAAACACCAAACCCUACCCGUAUGAGCAUGUGGUACAACCUUCAGGAAGCGUACGCUACCGCACCGUUCGAAAUUUGA